AUGGAUCCACUUAGUACAAGAAGAGCUACUUUAGAUGUCAUAAAUGGCAGUGAGGUUAAUGCGAAUGAAAUAUGUCCAACGUUGGACGUAAGCAAGGCUAUCAACCAAUGCUAUGGAUCUGGGCAACCACAAGAAAUGAAUCCCCACCAUCUAGUCAAGGAGGCUUCUAAGACAAUGGGGAAACUAGCAAACUACAAGAACAAAGGGAAGGCAAUAUUACACACCAUGAUAGUGGUGGAACCUGUAAUGCAGAAUGGGGUAGUUGAGGAAGAUGCAAUGCAUAUUGGGGAAGCUAUAGCCAACCCAAUAAGUCAAGAGAGUAAAGAGAUGGCUAGUACCAACACUCUUCCCAAUCCAGGAAAUGAAAGACAAUCAAUUGAGUAG